AUGCAUCUCCUUAGAAUCAUUGCGGUCGCUCUAGGCGCUACCAGUUUAGCCCAAGCUGAUUCCAAGCCCGACAAUUCCUACAGUGAAGCCAUGAGCCUGGUUCACAGCCUCAAGGGGGACGGAGACGGAUUCCAUCACAUCGCAGACGACGGUAUAGCCCGCAAGUACGAUAGCAAGGGCAAGGUCGUCGAUGCAGUCCGCCUUACCAAUACCCAUCUAAUGGGAAUCGCCCAGCACAUGCCCAAGAAGGAAGACCAGGACCACCUCAAGGAGGUCUGGGGCAAGGUCGACAGUCGCAAGGUGGCUGAUGAGCACGUCUGGGAGCCACCGCACCACGUCAAACCGCUCAACCUCCAAGACCCGGAGCUGUACGAGUCGAAGCUGCAGUCUCCGAACCCGGAGAAGCGAGGCAAUCCUUUCUUUAUCAUGCCGCCAAGUAACCCGAAUCGCUACUGUGAAGGACAGACGUGCACAAGCGACGCCGCCUGGCUAUUUUGUGCUUAA